AAAUAUUAUUAAGCAAACAAAAAAAAAAAGUUGUAUUUGAAAAGCUUCGUGCGAGCGUAAUAAAAAUGCUUUAGGAGAGAAUUUUAAUUGAGAGCAUUUAAAGAGAUAUUGUGACCUUCAAUUUGAAAAGUUUCAAACAAGAGAGUGUAAAAAGAAAUGUCAAAAAGUGUUUGUGGGAAUACAAUGCGAUCAGCCAUUUAAAUAAUUUGUUUUUGUGUAUUUCCAUUUCGAAAAGAAUCGUCUCAAAAAUAAAUUUUAAUAAAGUUUUUGUAUAAGCGAACUAUUAGGAAAUAUUUACGUAGACUGCAAGUAAAUGAUGUCAUCAAAGUAAAAGUGAACAAUUAACAAAAGAAACUAAAGCAAAUUAACAUAAAGAUAAACAACGGCACGUACCAUUGGCAGUAAUAAUAAAAACAAUAACUAAAAUUGAAACUAUGGAAACAACAAAAACAUAUCUUAUGGAGAAAUAUAAUGGGUUAUGUAAUACAUUGGAACAGCAAACGAUUGGCACCGAAUUGGUAGCUUAUGGUGUGUCUGGCGUAUUGCUUUUGGUGGCUUAUGCAAAACGCAAACCCGCAUAUUUGGUGCGUCAAUUUAAAAAACCCUCGCACAUACCUGAACAAUUGAUUAAUGAGCGUGUAGUACAUACUGGCGUCAUUAAAGCCGUCCAACAACACAAUCAGGACACAAUAUUAUAUAUAAAUCAUCGUCCAUGGUUAUCAAUAUUCAUGAGCAGUAAAAGAGUAUUGCCAGUUAAACUGUCUGGUAUAAAAGUCAAUGGCAAUGGUUUUUCUUGGCUGCAAAAUUGCUUGGUGGGACGGGAAGCCACAUUUAUACCACUCACCAAAAGUAAAGCAGAUGAUUUUGUUAUAUGCCAAAUGUGUUUAGUUCAUCCACCAAAAAGUAAUAAAUUAAUCGAUAUUUCCGAAACUUUAAUUAAGUUGAGAUUUGCCAAUUAUGUCCAAGAUGGGGCAAAUGCUAAGAAAAAUGCAAAAUAUUACAAACAUUUACAAAAAGUUGAAGUUAAUACGAAAAGCAAGGAGUCAUGGUUUUCAUGGUUUGCGCGCUAUCCGUUUAUGUGGAAAGCUGUAUGUGAUCUCAGAGCUUCAGUGCUGCCAAAGCAAAAGUUGUUACCUGAAUUAGUGCGUUAAUACUGCGAAGUUUUGUUAAGCUUUA